UCCGGCCAUGGCGGAGCCCACCGUGUGCUCGUUCCUCACUAAGGUGCUGUGCGCGCAUGGCGGCCGCAUGCCGCUGCAGGACCUGCGCGGCCACGUGGAGCUGUCGCCCGCGCGCCUCGGGGACGUGCUGCGGCGCGCGGGGCCCGAGCGCUUCCUGCUGCAGGACGACGCGGAGGCCGAGGGGGGCGACGCCCAGGCCUGCAGGGUGGUGGCAGUGUCCUCCGCGCGCCUGUGCGCCCGCUACCAGCGCGGCGAGUGCCAGGGCUGCGACCAGCUGCACUUCUGCCGCCGGCACAUGCUGGGCAAGUGCCCGCACCGGGACUGCUGGUCCACGUGUAGCCUUUCCCACAACAUCCACAGCCCCGUCAACAUUCAAGUCCUGAAAAACCACGGACUGUUUGGCCUCAACGAAGCCCAGCUCCGCGUCCUGCUUUUACAGAACGACCCUUCCCUUUUACCAGAGGUCUGUCUGCUGUACAACAAAGGCGGUGACCCCCUCUAUGGUUACUGCAACCUCAAGGACAAGUGCCACAAAUUCCACGUCUGCAGAGCCUUUGUCCGGGGGGAGUGCAGAUCCCCGAGCUGCACAAGGUCCCAUCAGCUAGCGCCUGCCGCCGCCGCCCUGAGUCUGCUGCAGGAUCAAGGAAUGAGCGUCCCAAGCGUCAUGAAUUUUCAGAUCAUCGCUGCCUACAAGCAUAUGAAACUGCACCAGAGGCUCGAACGCAGAGACGAGCUCUCCCUGGAACAGCACAACCUGUCUUUAUCCUCUGAGGAGCUCCUGCCGGAGACGAGCCCGGCUGUCAGCGCUGCACACGUGGCCUUAACGGAGACUGCUCCAGGGUCCCUGCCCAGCAGGUCUCUCCGUGUCAUAGCUUCUCCAUCUGCCACUACUUUUGAUACGACUUUUUUACACUGUGGGAAACAGACCCAAAGUGCAGUGGAUCAUAGCAUCUUUGUGGCGAAUUACGGGUCAGUGACAAGUAAUGAGGUGGCUGUUGGUGACGAUGACAUGGAGAACUUUUUGCCAGAUGUCCACUGGCCCUCUUCACGGUUGGUUUCCCUCAUGCCCUAUGUCACAGAUAGCCCAGCGGGGCUGCCCCAAGAAAUGCCCCUGCCUGUGCCCACUCCACUGCUACCCUCUGUUUCUGUACAGCAUGAAGAGGUGACAUCAACCUGGCAAAACACCGUGCAGCAACUGUCGGCAUAUGUUGAGACCCCCAGUCAUUUUGGCACUCUGUGGUCGACUUUUCCCACCUCUGAGGGUAUAAUUCCAACUCCUAGUAGGAAUCUGGUGCUUUAUCCUCUGGAAACUUACAGCCAGUCAUCAACUAGGACCCCACUGGGGAGCAUGGUGUCAGUAACAGAGGGCCCAGAGACCCUCGAUCUCAGCUCCUGGUCUCGGGUGUCUCUGCCGUCGGGCAGUAGCCUGAGUCCACAGCCAUCUGUCGGCUCAGGGGAGACUUCCCAGCCCCCAGAUGAUGUCCUGGCCACAGGCACAGGAGGACUCCCUGUUGGAACCACGGCUUGGAGUCGAGCCCUAGAAGAAGCCAUCUCUCCAGGACCAUCCCCCACAGUCACCAUGUCACAUGCAACCCUUGCUUUGGGCAGCACGCUUUCUGCUUUGUUUCCAACCCCUCCUGCUUCUGCCUCCUCCUCCGCUGAGGCAGCGGAUGUUUCCUCUGACCCCUUGGUUCCCAGCAGAGCCAGCGAAGCAUCAGAACUGCCUCUCUCUUCUCUGGUCCCCAGUUGUACGGGCAGCCAGAGUCCACUGGCUUCCCCCAGACCGUAUACCUGGUGUGUGUCCUGUGCUGUGGCCUCUCCUCGGCCUGUUCCAGCCUCGAGCCUUGCAGAGGGAAACAUGGAGGGCUCAGGGGAUGGGCCUGAAACCCUGUUAGCAGCCACGCUGCGCGUGAGCAGCCCCUCUCUGUGGAGCAGCACAGGCAUGGACUUCUCUGAUUUUGAGGAAGAGCCUCAAGAAUUCAAUACACUUUUCCCCCGCAGACCUGUCAUCUCCCUUUCUUCCAGACUUGUGGGGAUCUCAGAAGCAAGCAGCAGUCUGUCAGCUGAGGUGGAUGUGAGUAGCAUUCCCGCCACCCUGGAGUUUCUUUCCCAUGACCGCCCUACUGCUCCAGUGUCGCCCGAUCCUGCCUCCGUCUCGCCUGUGGUCACUCAAGCAGUGCUACCCACAGUGACCGCUGAGUUUUCCUCAGUUGUUACCAGUGUCUCCCUCGAUUCCUCUUUCUCUGUCAUGACCGAUAAAACCCCCCCAUCACUUGCUACCACAGACUGGAAUCUCCCCACCUCUGAUAGCCUGGCUCCUUCAGUAGCCUCUUCACUUCUCUCUGCCCAAAACCCUGCCCAUAUUUUUGAACACAAACCUGGGAGUCUUUGGAAUUUUGCAUCCCACUUUUAUUCGACUCUACCACUGGAAUUCAGUGACCUGGCCCCUUCAUCUUUGGAAACAUUUACCUCACCCUCUCUGAUGCCAAGGGACUUGUCCUCCUCCGCAUCUCAGACCUUCUCCUCCUGGGUGGAGGUGUUUGUGGUGUCUGACUCUGUCAACUGGCAGUCACCUCAGCUUCCUGUCAUCAAUUCCACGCACUUUGAGUUUCCUCAGCUCUCGCCAAGUUCAGACUUUCCUUUACGAACAGUCACCUUGAUACCUGCUCGCUCUGAAAUGUCGCCACUCUCAAGUGUCCCCUCUGAGUCGCUCAAGUUUGCCGAAGCCUCCACAGUUUCACUGUUGGAUUCUGAAGCUCAUUUUACCUCAGCUUUCACUGAAGCUACCUCUGAUUUGGGGUUUUCAUUCAUUCCCCAUGAAUCUCCAGUCACCACACUGGUGCCCCCUGGCGCUGAACCCACCCCGGGUGUCCUCAGUGCUGGGACCCCCUUCCUGUCACCAUCAACUGCUUUCUAUUCAACACCUGUUUUAACCAAGUCUUCUCUAUCCUUCGCUCCGACACCAUCCGAUGACUUCGUCAGAGAUACAAGUGACCACACCACUUUCUUACCCUCUCCUUCCAGAGCCAUUCUGACCAGUACAGCCUCAAACACCCCCAUGCACCUGUCCUCGGCAGCCUUGGUUGUCACAGAGCCGAGCCCCUCACUUCUGCCCACAGACCCAGCUGUUGAGGGUCCCUCCUCAGCAGAUUCACCAUGGAACACUUCCCCUGAGCCAAGCACGUCCAGCGCUGGUGAUGCUGUGGACGGAGCCCUCGGUGGCCAUACUGCGAGUCAGAGUCCCCAGGGGAGCAACACAGUGCCUCCCCUGCCAUCCCUCCAUCCUGUGAGCCCUGCCACCCAUGACGCCCCAGUUGGCACUCCAACUCUGGUCACCACCAAGCCACCGUACAUGUGUGACAUCACAGUCCCUGAUGCCUAUCUGAUCACGACUGUGCUGGCCCGAAGAGCUGUCCAGGAGUACAUCAUCACAGCCAUCAAAGAGGUGCUGAAGGCGCACUUCAGACGCGCCGUGGAGCUGCAGGUUUAUGAGCUUUUCACGGAUUUCACUUUUCUGGUAACAUCUGGUCCUUUCAUUUACACGGCAAUAUCAGUCAUUAAUGUCCUCAUCAACAGCAAACUCGUGCGGGACCAAACUCCUUUAAUCCUGUCUGUGAAGCCUUCAUUCCUGGUGCCCGAGUCCAGGUUCCAAGUUCAAACAGUUCUUCAGUUCGUGCCUCCCAGUGUGGACACUGGCUUCUGCAACUUCACCCAGCGCCUGGAGAAAGGCCUGAUGACCGCUCUGUUUGAAGUGAGAAAACACCAGCAGGGCACACAUAACUUCACCGUGCAGGUCUUGAAUGUCACCGUGGGCUCUAGGGUGGCCCCCCGGCGGGGCCCGGUCAACAUCAUCUUUGCUGUUAAAAGCGUGCAGGGCUUUGUGAACGGCUCGGAGGUGAGCGAGCUGCUCCGGAACCUGAGUGUGGUGGAGUUCAGCUUCUACCUGGGGUACCCGGUGCUGCAGAUCGCAGAGCCCUUCCAGUACCCACAGCUCAACUUAUCUCAGUUACUGAAGUCCUCUUGGGUCAGAACAGUCCUCCUGGGCGUCGUGGAGAAGCAGCUGCAGAGUGAGGUGUUCCAGGCGGAGAUGGAGCGCAAGCUGGCGCAGCUGCUCAGCGAGGUGGCCGCCCGCAGGCGCGUUUGGAGGAGGGCCACGGUGGCCGCCGGCAACAGCGUCGUGCAGGUGGUGAACGUGUCCAGGCUGGAGGGCGAGGACAAUCCCGUGCAGCUCAUCUACUUUGUGGAGGACCAGGAUGGAGAGCGACUGAGUGCCACUGCGUCCUCUGACCUGAUGAACAAGAUUGACCUCCAGAGAGCAGCCAUCGUCCUGGGAUACCGGAUUCAAGGCGCUCUCGCCCAGCCCGUGGACAGGGUGAAGAGGCCGUCGCCGGAGUCCCAGAGCAACAACCUGUGGAUCAUUGUUGGCGUGGUCAUCCCGGUGCUGGUGGUGACUGUGAUCAUUGUCAUCUUGUAUUGGAAACUGUGCCGCACAGACAAGCUGGACUUUCAGCCUGACACCGUGGCCAACAUCCAGCAGCGGCAGAAGCUGCAGAUCCCUAGCGUAAAGGGCUUCGAUUUUGCCAAGCAACACCUGGGUCAGCACAAUAAAGAUGACAUAUUGAUUAUUCAUGAACCAGCGCCACUGCCGGGACCUGUGAAGGACCACACCACGCCCUCGGAAAAUGGAGAUGUCCCAAGCCCCAAGUCCAAGAUCCCCUCCAAGAACGUCCGCCACCGAGGAAGAGUUUCCCCCUCUGAUGCCGACUCUACGGUCAGCGAGGAGUCCAGUGAGAGGGACUCAGGAGAUAAGGCGCCAGCAGCAGUCCCUGAGGGCAAGGCCCACCGAGCCCCGCAGAGUGGCCCCCGGUUGCCCAGCUCUGCCGGGGCGGAGCAGCAUUCCUCAGCCUCCAUCUUUGAGCACGUGGACAGGAUCUCCCGCUCCUCGGAGGCCAGCCGGCAGGUCCCCAGUAAGAUCCAGCUCAUCGCCAUGCAGCCCAUCCCAGCGCCCCCAGUGCAGCACCCCAUCCUGGCUGACAGGGUGGCAGAAACCAACAAAAUCAACAAAGAGAUCCAGACCGCGCUGCGGCACAAGUCGGAGAUUGAGCACCAUCGUAACAAGAUCCGCCUGCGUGCCAAGCGCCGAGGUCACUACGAGUUCCCUGUGGUGGAUGAGCUGUCCUCGGGUGACACCAAGGAGCGGCACCGCGUGUACCGCAGGGCGCAGAUGCAGAUUGACAAGAUCCUGGACCCCGCGGCCAGCGUGCCCUCUGUGUUCAUCGAGCCCAGGAAGAGCUCACGGAUAAAGCGUUCCCCGAAGCCACGGCGGAAACACCAGGUCAACGGCUGCCCGGCGGAUGCUGAGAAGGACAGGCUCAUCACAACCGACAGCGAUGGCACCUAUAAGCGGCCGCCGGGGGUGCACAACUCUGCCUACAUGGGCUGCCCGUCGGAUCCUGACCUCCCAGCCGAUGUGCAGACGCCGCCGUCCUCCGCCGAGCUGGCCCGGUACCCCGGCCUCCCCUUCCCAGCCUCACAGUACAUCCCGCCCCAGCCGUCCAUCGAGGAGGCCCGCCAGACCAUGCACUCCCUCCUGGAUGACGCCUUCGCCCUCGUGGCCCCCAGCAGCCAGCCUCCCAACACCGCAGCGCCGGGGGUCCCGGCUGGCCUGCCCCCAAAUAGCACCCCUUCCCGGGAAGACAGGCGAGCGCCCCAGUGGGGGUCCUUCUACAGCCCUGCGCAGCCGGCCGGCAACGCGUGCAGUAGAUAUGAAGACUACGGAAUGACUCCUGCGUCCGGCCCUUUGCCAAGGCCUGGCUUCGGCCCGGGGCUGCUGCCAUCCCCGGAGCUGGGGCCCCCUGACGUCCCGCAACCGCAGGCAGCUGCAGAAGCCCCCCUGGCUGCCCGCGGGGUCUACGCAGAAGACAGGCCUUCCGUGGCCCGGCCUCGGCCCGUCGGGGGCACUGCAGGCUCCCAAAUCCAGCACCUGACACAGGUGGGAAUCGCUAGCAGGAUCGGGGCGCAGCCAGUGGAAAUCCCAGCCAUGAGAGGCGGCCAGUUUGGGGGUCCAGGCUGGGCUGCUUACGGGGAAGAUGAAGCGGUGCGGAGAGAGGCUCCCCACCUCCUCGGACAUCAAGAGUAUUCUUCUUCACCGCUAUUUCAGGUGCCAAGGACUUCUGGCAGGGAGCCCUCGGCUCCUCCUGGGAACCUGACCCACCGGGGCUUGCAGGGCCCUGGGCUGGGCUACCCCACCAGCUCCACAGAAGACCUCCAGCCGGGACAUUCCUCAGCUUCCCUCAUAAAAGCGAUCCGAGAGGAGCUGCUCCGGCUUUCCCAGAAGCAGAACGCCGUGCAGAAUUUCCACAGCUGAUUGGCCCCGCCUCACAGGUUUGCCAGUAUCCGCUUCCCGUGGAAGCAAGACCAGGAGGAAAUCAACUGAGCGGAUGUUUGUAAGAGGACCAGCAUUUCCGGGGCGCGCUGCCCGCCUAAGGGAACGAGUCACAGUGUUGGAUGUUGCCAUACCCCAUACAAUAGUUUUCCUAGGUUGGCCAUUUGGUGACCACUGGGGUUCAGUGGAAAUGUAUCUAUUUUUGGCCAAAAGCCAGCAGCAUUUCACACAAACGAAACACAAACCUAAGCUAACAAAAUUAAUAAGUUAGUCUCCUUUUAAAAGGCAAGAGAUUGAAAUGUGUAGAUGAUAUAGGGCGGCAAGAAACCGUGCUUCUGUGUGGGAUACAGACUGACGUGUACGAUGCACCUGCUGCUUUGUUCUCUGAGAGAGAGUUUUGAAGACAUUUCCUUAGCAGUUUGAUUUCCCUGUUUUCCUCCAUAGGAACUUAUUUUAAUAGUCAUAUUAACAACAAGAACACUAAGAAUGUUGGGGGAUUUUAAAGAAAGCUACUAAUGAGAAACCAAAUGAUAGAUCGCAGAGCCUCAUGACUCCUGACGAAGCCAUCGCUGCAUUCCUCCUCCUCCUCCUCCUCCUCCUCUUCUGGUGCUAAAGCUCCGAGAACCCCUUCACCUUUCUGUCUGCGACAUGCAACUUUGGCUUUGACAGUGGAAGAACGUGUUGGAGGUUUCAUUUUGUUCUAGGAAAAAAAAAAAAAAAAAGAAAACUCCCCAAUUUGGGGGCGGUGGGGGAGCUAUUUAUUUGGUUAAUCGAAAUACAUAUCAAUGUUUAGAUUUACAUUCUUUAUUGUAGUUGCUGUUUCUUAAUUGGGCACUUGCAGCUCCAGGUAGGUCUCGCUCCUGCACAUGUGAUGAAGGGCAGUCCCGCAGAGUGAGGCGCUCAGGUCUGGGGUCCUUGCACUUUGCUGACGGUUUGCUCGUGCGUCACGCCACAUGGGAAAUCUUAGGUAAGCAGCCAUCAUUUCUGACAAGUCCUAGGACAUUCCCAUUGUUACACAUCCAUCUUAGUGAUCAAGUUCCCUGUGUGCAACCCCUGGAAUUGGCCCUGAGUCCAGUUCAGCCUGUGGCACAGAUGAAGAACUGCAAAGAAGGGUCUUGAGGCUGCAAGGGAGAGGAGAGCUGCCCUUUAUCCUGAUUUAAUUGUUAUCACUCUGUUGAGUGACUAUUAAAACUGUUGUGUACUUUGGGCCAAGGAGAGGUGGGUCAUUGCCCCAAAAGAUGUAGCUCCUGAAGUCAACAUUUCCCUCCUUCCCACACUGCAGUCAGAAAGACAGUGGUUCUUCACUCUGAUGGCUGAGCGAAACUCGAAGGAUAUACAUACAUACAGCAGAGCUUCCUGCUUGGGGACCUCUUUUUAGCAGAUGAACUCAUAGUUUUCAUUAAAUGACACAGAAGGCAGUAAAUUCUGGAUUCUACCUAAUCAAAAUCUGGGUAGCUGCAGUACGUUGUAAGAACCUGGAUUCAGUUAGAACAGGUUUGCAGGGUAUAGUUGUUGGUUCUGGGAUCAUGCUGGUUAGAAUCUCAGGACCAGGCAAAGUCUGUUCUCAGAAGUCAAAGUGUAGCCAGAAGCUCCCAUCAGGCUGUGUCCAGAGGCUCCAGUGUGUGUGUGUGUGGGAGAAAAGGUCCUCCCUGGGGCUUGAUUUCUAGCCUCUUGUUCUUGGUUUAACCCUUUCUGUUCCCAAAGUGGAAGAUCCUGUGUCUUCAUCACUCAGAAAGAUCAGGUUUCCUGAAGGUGGUAUUAAGACGUUCACAUACCCAAGCAGAGUUUUUUGAUGGAUCCCUUACGAUGAAUCCAAAUCACAUGACAGCAGAUGGAAUAAACGGCCCUUUCUCUCCUGGUGCUGCUCUGUGUCGUAAGUGUUUUGCACGCAGUGUCCUAGAAGUGGUUACCUCUUAUGUGUGUUGCAGAAAUGAGUCUCUGCUGCCAUGACCACAGUGUUGAUGCCUUUCAAACUACCAUCAAGGGACACUACCUGUAUUUUCAUUCCUAAAACUAAUACACCUGUAAACCAAUGUCAAGACCAAAGAUGACACGUAACAAACUGCUGCUGGUGAGGGAAGCAGCGUGAGCAGGCCCUGUGGAAUCAUUAGCACUCUGUUGGUUGUGAAAAAACAAAGCACACUUGGCUUUCACUUAUAUCCCCUAGACAUUGCCCGAGCAGGUUGACCAGUUGCCAGAAUCGGUAUGUGCUGGCAGUAGGGGACGCGCCAUGCUCAUUGGGGCUCUAGACACUUAGUCAGUGUGUUUUGUUUAAAAUAAAGGUUGUCCUGUUGAUCAUUUGCAGCUUUGGAGUUCCAUUGAUUGAAGUGCUCUAUAAAAGUUAAAUUUAAGGUCUAUUCUUUUUCCCUGUUCUAGAAGUCCUAGUGUUAAAACGAACUAUAAAUCUGAGUUGGCAUUUCUGAUAAGAGUUUUUGAAGGAGAGAUUCUUUGCAGUCUACUGUGUCACUAAUCCUCUGUGUCAAGUUCUUUUGCUGAACCUCAUUUUCCUUAAGGACAGACCUCCCCUGCCUGCCUCCUGGGAUUGUUGGUUGGGAGAACCAGGUGUGAUCCUGUGUGCAGACUUCCCUGGAGGAGGGAGCAUAAAGCACUGUGAAAAUGCAGCAUGUUUUCAGUGUUAAUGCCCUGGCAUGGCCCGUGGGAUAUGCUGUGACCUACCUGUGAAUGGUUCACAUGUAGGCAACCAGAGCAAAACUGAAAACCUGGUGUGACUCAUCUUCCUCAUUCCUGUUUUGUUUCAAAUUCUUCUCUUUCUUCCAUGACUUUCAAAAAACAUCUUAAUUAUCUUUCUGCUCCUGAUUUUCUUCUAUACUGGCACGAAACAGGUCAGCAAAUAUGAACGCUGCCUUCUGAAAUCUUAGACUCUAACUCAGAUAUUACAGAUGGGUAUAAAAAAAAAAAGAAAGACAUUGAUCCAAAACCAACCAAACAAAUACAGUGUUGACAUCCAUAAGAUUCAUUCAAAGCACACAAGUGCAUCGGGCACUCAGAAGAAGCUGUGGAAGUUGUGGGUCUGAAGAUGCUGGCUUCUGGGAGAAGUGAACUGCAGAAGUCACUUGGAUGAAGACGGGAGCUACCCUGGCCUGUGGUGGAAUGGCUUGGGAUGGGCCCAGAGUGGGCCUGGGGGAGGCUGUGGAGAUUGGAGUAUGCUGCCAUUGAAAAAUGAAUUUGAUGCUGGAAGAGGGAGCAUGGUGUUGCGUGGUGACAGCACAAGGAGCUUCAGAGAAGGAAGUAGUAUGGGGAGGAACAGCCACGUGAAUGCAACAAAUGGGUGACCAGGCUGGUAGAGAUCUACAGAGAAGAGCACCGUGGGGAGGGAAAGGAGAGUACAAAGAACUGCUGUGGGCGUGGAGCAUACCAGGUUAUAAAUAAAUACGUUUGGCUUCUUCACAGAUGCCUACAAGUUUUCUUCCCAAUUAUUAUUUAAUUUCAGAAUGUGUGUUGAUCUUGGUGGCAUGUGGCUUUUAAGCAGUGUGUCUUUGACAGCUGGAUUUUUCAGGGUUAUGAGGCCUACGACACAAACUGGGGGUAAAGGCAUGAUUGGAAGGCUUUGGGCUAAAAUGAGUCCUUCUCUGCUGUAUGAGUCUCCCGUUUCCCAUGAGCAAGGCCAGUGUUAACCACGUUUGUCUGAUGUCCUCCCGUGUGCUCUAUGGAGCAAGCUGUCCCCACUGCAGAUCUGCUCGGUCAUGCCUCCCAGGUUAAUCAUUGAGGGAGCCUCGCCUGGCCUUUCCUCUGGGGUUCUUAGAUGGGAAUGUAGAUGGUAUAGGGAAGGAAAGCUGGUUGAGAGUCUGGGCUUGGGACCAGGAGCUCUCUCAGUCUUAAGUGUCACAUUAACUUUAGCUCUGGUGAGGUUUCAGCAGGGAGUUUCUACCUCCAGAGCAAGGCUCCCAACUUCAUCCCCAGAGCCUGCUCAUCCGCGCUUGGCCCAGGCGGAGAGGCGGCCUCCGAACCUGCAGAGGGCUGCAUGAGCACAAACACAUGCUGGGUACAAUCCAUGAGGUGUGCUUCUACACAGAAGCUGACGUGCUGCAUUCUACCUGUAACAGUACAAAGGCCUCUGUGGGUCACUGCUGGUGACACUUAGGAAAUGUUUAGGCUUACUGUUGCCACCCUGUGAACAAGGAGUAAGCACAUUUCUGGUUUCUUUUGACAUUUUGGGCGUUGAUUGUUGAUAUUUAAACUAGGACACCUCUGUCCACUGUUAAAAAGACUUACAUGCUGAAAUGUCACGGUGCAGUACUAAUCCCAUACUUCUCUAUGUAACAGUACACUCAACAAUUUAUGCUACAAACAGCAGCGUUGAAGUAGGGAAGGAAUAUCAUAUGCCUUUGGGAAUGCAGAGCAGCGAGGAACCCAGUGGGGAAAGCGAGAGAAGCACUGAAUGUCUUCGCCUGAUAAACUCUAGUCCAAAUCACUGUCCCACAGGGUAGGUAAUGAUCCAGGCCCCUUGCUUUGCCUUCUUUCCCCAGGGUUUUCCUGCUCUGGGGUCACUUUGCAUUUAAAGAAAGAGUGAAUAGGUUGAAGGGACUUAGCAGAAAAUUGGAAUCAAUUGAAUGUUGCUGUCCCUGAUUAUGUAGAACUUUCCCCUGGGACUGCCUGGAGCAGUUUUUUCUCAUGCCUACCAGAUUUCAAAUCUUCAUAAUUUGUCUCCCCAGGGCCACAGUCAAGCUAGACACCCCUUUGUGUUCCUCCUGCUGGGCUGUUCCUCCUGCUGGGCAGGGAGAGGAGAGAGGUGAGGUGCUAGAGGAGCUGAGAUGUGGUCACUAACUCAGUUGCCCUCAGCGCCAGGGACUCAUUUCAAGGUGGAGUGAAACACUCCUGACUUUGCCAUCUCCCAAAGUCUCGCUGAGAGCAUUCACGGGAGAGGUUGCUCUGAGGAGCUGCUGACUGGGGUGCUGACUCGUCUCCCACCCUUCCCAAGGUCAUGUUCUUCCGAUUUUUCCUGCACCCUCAUUCUAGGUGAUGACCAUUAAUGUACGAAACUGUGCAGAGCACACUGGAGCCACCCGUGGCAUCCGUCCUGCAACCUGAACUUGACAAUCAUAGUUUGCUGUUCUCAAAUGGGCACCAAAAUCUCAGUAUGGGUAUUUGAUUUAGUCAUUGAGCUCACCCUUCUCUUUGUCGGUUAUGUUUCUAUCCUCCAAAUUAGCUGCACUGUUUUCUAAUGAGCUGUAGUUUUGGAAAUAAUUUAUGCAAGUGUUUGGUUUCCAUGUUUACAAUUUUUACAGCUU